UCCCAUUCCCAUUUCCAAAAGGAAAGAAAAAAAAAAAAUCCCCAGUCCAGAUGAGCGACGAGGGCGGCGUGACGGCGGCGGCCCUGGACAACGACGACCUCCUCGGCGAGAUCUUGCUCCGGCUUUCCCCGCUCCCCACCUCGCUCCCCCGCGCCUCCGUCGUCUCCAAGCGCUGGGAACUCCUCGCCACCGAUCCAGAUUUCCGCCGCCGGUUCCUCGCCCACCACCGGAAGCCCCCCAUCCUCGGCGUCUUCGAGCAGCGCGGCCGAACACUGGUAUUCACCUCCGUUCUCGACCCUCCCGACCGCAUCCCCCCCGCGCGCUUUGACCUGCCAGAUCCAGGCGGAUUAGCGUUUGAUUCAUGGACUCUGCCCGGGUGCCGCCACGGCUUCGUGCUUAUCCUCUUCCAGCGGCUGUCUCUGAUCCUUAUGUUUGAUCCUAUAUCCGUCGAUGUCCGCGCCCUGGCCAUUCCGCCGGGUUUCGGGCCCCGCGUGGAGUUUCCGCCUGAUUACACAAUUUGUGCGUGCACCAUCAGCGCAGCUGUGCUGUGCGAUGCGGGCAGCGGCCAGGGCCACGUGCACGGAGAUUGCCACAUGAGCCCGUUCAAGCUGGCUGUGGUAGGCACCUUCAGCGGAGGCCAGCAUCCAGCAGUCGCCCGUCUCUACUCCUCAAAGACUGGCAUAUGGAGAAAAGCUGUCUGGACGCCGGGACCAUGUGCUGGUACAGUUAGCCGUCUCCCCUCCACCCUCAUCGGCAAUGCUCUGUACUGGUGGCUAGAUGAGUCUGAAGAUGAAAUACUCAAGUUCGAUAUGGGUAAGCGGAGAUUAACUGUGGUCAAGAGGCCUAAUUUUACAGGCAUUCCCAGCAGCUGCAUCCGGAUCAUCAGGGCCGAGGGUGGUGGUGUAGGCAUGGCUGUACUGUCGUACCCCAGCUUCCAAAUGUGGGGCCGCACGGUCAGCAAUGAGGGUGUUGCCACUUGGAUGCUGCAGAAGACCGUCAACAUGCAUGAUAUCAUUGGUCUGCCGUCUGGGUUGGAGACAAGCAAUGAAGUUAUAGUGGGGUAUUCUGAGGAUGCUGAUGUGGUCUUCAUUUCGGUGUCCAGCAAUUCAGAACACUAUACCUUUGUUGUACAACUAGAGUCGAUGAAGUCCAGGAAGCUCAAUCAGAAUCUUUUGGAGAAUUCAUAUCAUCCGUUCGCGAAUUUCUAUACCGGAGGUACUGAUGGAGUGUGAAGUUCUGCUCCAGCCAUUGAGUCACCGCAGCAGCAGGAUCUAUCCCUAUAUCGGCAUACAUCUCUUGAGCCACUGACCUGACUUCAAAGGUUCUGCCAUUAAUUCCGCAUGAUCUGCGUAUUUCUUAUAACCUUGUUGAUACAGUUGGAUGGUUGACUCAUAAGUACCCUGCGAUUAGCUGUGAGAGAUCCUUGUCACUUUGUCAGUUGUCUGUAUUUUACCAGUUAACUGUGUCAGUUGUUCUGUCCGUAUUAUACCUUAUGAGUUAUGACUAAUGUCACAGCAAUCCUGAUGCUGUGGGACCUGGGUUAUGUUUUCUUUUUUGUGUGGAAACAUCAUGCUUAUGUGUGUUACUGGGUGCCGCUUGUAGGAGAUGGAACCUCAUUUCCUGUGGUAUCCAUAAUGAUGAAGUCUACCCCUGGGUGUUGGAGUUCUAGAAUGAAAUUCUUAAGCCAUGUCUUUUACUCUGAACUUUUUCCUCUAGAUUUUCCACCCUAGUUUUGAUGGUUGAAGGCCAAGGGUGUAAAAUUUGGACAGUUUUGAGUUUGGGUGAAACAGGCAGUUAUCAAGGAAACAAAAGUAAACUUAUCCCUUUAACUGAAGUGUGCAUGCUAAUGCAAUCCCACCAGAUGUAGUGCAACUUGAGUGUAUUACUUUCUUUAAAUGGCGCUAGACUACUCGGGCUGGGAGACCAGUGGUUGGCGACUGUGGGUCGUUUGUUCUGGUAGUCGUUUCAUUCUUUCCCGCUGCUGUACACUUGUUUUUAUUGAAGCUCAUGUACUUUGGUUAUUUAGUCGCCAAUGGGGUCUCCUUUCUCCUUGGUCCUGUUGGCAAUGGCCGUUUGUUUGUUGCUUUGUGUGUUCUGGCACCCGACUUCAGUUUCUCCGCGUCUCCUUUUCCCAGAUGCUUUUCGUCCAUUGCUCCUGAAUUAGCCACGAGGCACAAAGUUGGGUUUUGUAGGUAGGCACAAAGUUGGGUUUUGUAGGUAUGCCCUUCGUGCACACACUAUCCGAUAGAUCAUAUCUGCAGUGUCCAAGUGGUGUGUAUAUUUUUUUUGGUUAGCUUAUUUGCCUUCUCUUUAACGCACAACCCUCUCCUUGUUUGCCAUGUGUCUGCAUGCUUCGGGUUGGUGAAGAGCCGCUAUGGUAGUUUUCACUCCCCACCAUAUUCUUCUCUAGCUAAGCUGCCUAGUGCCUGACACUAGGCCAUAUCUACUGUUGGGCCUGCAUGGCAUCUGGGGUUCUCCUUCCCACAGUAAGAACCUAUCAAGCGGGUGGUCAAAGCCGACACCUCAUGGUGAAUAAUAAUGCAGCCCCUUCUCCUCCCAACUCUGCGCUUCCUCCUUUCCUUUCUUGUCGUGCCAUCUGGCAUGCUGUCGAGCUACUGCGUCCGUAAUGGCCAACAGCGUGUAACCAUCGGUAUGAGCCUCUUACGAGUGGCUCGAGGCAACAGCGUCCACAUCCACAACGAUGGGCGGUGUUGAAACACCGAGCUUUAAUCCGUCCAAAUAUUUUUUUUCCUUUUUUUUCCAUCAAUAUUUUGUUCAUAAACUUCACCUAUCUAUAGUUUGGCUAUUAGAUUAGCGAGUGGUCAAAGCCCACACCUCAUGGUGACUAAUAAUGCAGCCCCUCUCCUCCCAACUCUGCGCUCCCUCCUUUCCUUUCCUGUUGUGCCAUCUGCAUGCUGUCGAGCUACUGCGUCCGUAUUGGCCGACAGCGUGUAACUAUCGUUAUGAGCCUCUUACGAGUGGCUCGAAGCAACAGCAUCCACAUCCACAACGAUGGGCGAUGUUGAAACACCAUGCCCAUUAAUCCAUCCAAAUAUUUUUCCUGUUUUGUCCAUCAAUAUUUUGUUCAUAAAAGUCACCUAUCUAUAGUUUGGCUAUCAGUUUAUACCGAAGCAGACUUGCUACUUCAGUUACCGCCACAUUUUAGGGAAAUAUCUUAAUAUGGCGUCCGACAAUGUUCUGUGAUCAUUAUGGUGGCACGUAGGGACCCACGGCGUCGUUAGAAAGUCCGUUACCACCCCUGGUAAAAUUGUUUAUUUCAAUGUAUUGUGCUCUACCAGAGGUUCUUUCCUAUCCAAUUUACGAAAGAUGUUUGACUCACUUAGUUGGAAAUUCUAAGGGUGUGUUUGGUUUGUGCCCAAGAUUGCCCUACCAAAAUUUUGGCUAGCCAAUAUUUUGGUUGACCUAUUCGUUGCCCACAAGUUGGCCAAUAUUGGCUAAAAAAAUGAGCUAGAGUUGAUAGUGGAGCAUCGGCAAGCCAAAAAGUUGCAACUGUCCAAACAAGAACCAAUCUUUUGGCCAUGACCAAAAAAUUGGUAGGGUAUGCCUUGGUAGCAAUCCAAACACACCCUAAGGCCCCUGUUGUUUGUCAGCUAGCGGCAGGAAUAAGAAUUGGAUACAUAUUUCUGUUGUGGCAUGAGAAUAGCUGGAUUCACUACAUAUCAUUGUUUGUUUUAUGCUUGAUGCAGGUGGUCGAAUAGUUCAGUUGAUCAGUAGAUUUUUUCGGCACCAGCCGCCAGGUAUACAUUUUUGGAAUUGCUUCCUUUGUAUGUUUUUGCCUGUCAUGCUUUGUAUAACCAUGCAUCAUAUGAAGCUUCACCAAUAGUUGAUGGGAGAAUCAUGUGUUGAAUUUCAUAGGAUACCACCUUUUGAAUUUGUCUCAUGUAUGAAGACCAGAGAAAAUUUAAAAUCAAUAAUUGAAUGUAAGUAAAACGCCCCCAGAUUGUUUUGAUUUUCAUGGACGGCAGCUCCAAAUUUUGUGCAAUGGCUAUCUCAAGGCUACUAAACUUCCAUCUGUCAUUUUCAGUUUCAUCUGGUUUUCUUAUCAGCACUUGGUGGUAUAAGUUGAACAGAGAACAGGGGUCAGGUAAGCACUACAUCAGUCCUCACACUUAUUAUGACCUUGUUGCAACUUCCUAGAAAUGAGUGCUUUGUAAUGGUUAUUUGACAAAUCAAGAAAAAAAAGGAAUGUAGGCGACAUGAAUGGAAACUGUGAAGUGGCACCUUGCUUUCAACAAAAAAGUUCAUUUUGUGUUCCCUAGUUUUAGCCUUUUAGGAUACAUAAUUACAUACCAGUAAAAACAAAAGAAUGGUUAUGAGCCAGCUGUAGACGCGUCAAAGAAUAUCAAUAAAAACUAAAGCAAUACAUUGUCUAUACAUCAAAGUUUUCCUUGUCAGAUAUUUUGUGUUUUUUUUUUUACCAUAACUUCGGAUUUUGGGCAGAUGGAUAGUUUUGUAAUUUUGUUGGAAUUCCCUGUUCCAUAAUAUAAGAUGUUAUUACAACCAAUAUACGAGCAAAUUGGUUGUAAUAAUAUCUUAUAUUAUGGGAUGGAGGGAGUACAAAAUAUUUAUGUGCUCCUUGAAUUAGAUAUUCUUAUGACGUGAAGUCUUACGCUGUGGUUUCACCGACCAACUAGUUCGUCCUUUUGCUACAGGUAGCUUAAUUACACAUUUUCUGGAAUUGCUGCUUUCAAUUUUUGUAGUUUCCUUGAUUCAGUAGAUUUGUGGUGUGCAUUAAUACGUUGCGCUUGAUCAAUCAGUUUUUCUGCUCACAACAAUAGUAUAGGUCAACAUUUAUUUAUCCAUGCAUUCGAGGCAAACAUUUGUUUGUGUAGACUUGGUUGUUUGUGGUAUCCCGUUUACAUGGCAUCAUGUUUGAUAAAAUUGCAAUAACGAAGCAUCAUGUUAGUCCCUUUAUUAUUGUUAUAUACUCGUGCCACAACUUUUUCUAGAUACCGAUGUAACUACACACUAAAAUGCAUCUAGAUACAUCCAUAUCUAGACAAAGUCGCGACAUUUAUUUUGGAACGGAGGUAGUAACUGUUACUACAUUUUAAGCUUAAAUGAUAUAUCCAGUGUACUAGUUUUUAUUCUUUCCCCUUUCGUUUUGUAUGAUUCUAUCCCAUUUUUGGUGCCUUCCUCCCAUCUUUUGCAUUUUCAGUUUGCACAUGAUGUUGGCAAGGUAAAUACCCGAUCACUUGGGUGCAUUACCUUGACCUUUUGCUUUGUUCACACCGCAUUACUAUUUGCUUAUGUUACUUUAUUCCGUUUAGAACUGUGCAGUCACAAGCAUAUCUUUAGUUUAGGUGAAUAGCCAUUGUAGACUGAAUCCCUGGGCUAAGAAAAUUUAUCCCCUCACUCUAAGGCUGGUUUGUUUCAGCACUAUUAUUAGUCUCCUGAGGGAACUAUCUAGAAAAGCACAAAUAAGAAUGCACUCGCUAGUGUCCAAGCCCUCUAAUAUGGUUUUUGAAGAUUCAGUUGAGUAAGCUAAGUUUCAUUGCAAAUAUUUCUAAUGGUUUAAUCUCUAGAAUGUUUCCAGAAUUCCAGCCAACUUGCUCUAAGGAUCCAAAGGAUUGUUUCCUGUUCGGUUUAGUAAGCUAAAUUCACUAUUUCACCAUUGUUUGUUGCUUUAUCCUCCAAAUCAGAUUUUUGAAAAGCAAUGUUUGAAUUAUCUUUAUAUUUGACUAACUGCCCUGCUGAUCAAACUAUCUGCUUUGGUGAAGAAGUGCGACCUCUAUUAUUUUCUUUUACUUAAAUUGCCAUUUUUCUAAUUAUCUUUUGGCAGAAGCAAGGAAUGUCUCUAGGUUUUUCUGAUAUCCUUUUUUCAUGUCGUUUUUUGGGAUAUAAUCAAGUCGGUGUUUGUGAUUUUAUUCAAACUCUUCUUUGGACUUGCAUUGUUGUUGAAUCCUUGGUUGCUUGGCAUGGCAAGAAGCCGGAAUCUGUAACUGACCCAUCUGAGAUCUUGUGGGUCUAUGAAGGUGAGUGUCCGUUGGCAAAACAAGGCACGAGUUUGUCUUAUGUCAAACCCUCUAAUCAGCUGUUCCGGAAUUUCUUGAUGAAUAUAUAAAUGGAUAAAGUUACUCUACUUUCUAAUCCCUCAUGCUGCUGGUGCAGGCUGGUCAUGGCUUGCUGUUACUUCUUGUCAAUUCUUGGUGUGCCUAUGUCCUGAACUGAUAAGUACAUUAAAGAUUAUAGUGCAUCUUUUUGUCUUUGUUGUUCAGUUAAUUUAACCUUUGUGAACCGAAAACUCUGAAGCCAGAGAGGCAAGCUAAAUGGCUCUCCUCAAGAUUCCAAAAAGAGUUGAAGCUAUCCUUUUUUGACAGGGUUGAAGAUGCGUCUCACUGCAGGCUCUGGUAAAUGCACUGAUGAUUAAAGUGGACAUGAUGGCGAGGGUCCACAAAAGGAUCAGUGACUAUGGGCGUCCAAAGGAAAUGUUGCCUGCUUUUGCCUAGGCGUAAGUGUAAUUCCUCUUGGAGUGAUGAUGAAUGAGAAGCUAAAGUCUUGCUUUAGAUGAAAUACAUCAAAAAUUUGAACCAAGUAAUAGCAAACUAUCCGAUACAAAUGUAGAAUUUGUAAUACACGUCUUACUUGCAAGACAAAUUGUAAGGUAAUCUGUAUACUGAACAUGUUUGUGUGCUUAUCUGUAACAGUGGACCAGCUUUUAGUUCUUGCAAUGGUAGAUGAUGCUCUGCAUGGUUCAGACUUGUUAGAA